UUCGCGCCAAAUAUAUACUUACAUACGUUUUGAAUUAACAUCGGAGUGUAAAGCUUUUUAUUACAUUGCAAGAACAUUGAUUUCUGUUUAUCAUGUAAAUAUUUUUCUUUUUCAAUUAACCGAGAUAUGCUGACAUCUGCUGGUAGUUUAGUACGAACUUCGUUUCCAUCAUCUACGACUGACCGAUGGUAAUAGAAGAGUAAACCCGAAAACAGCAAUAGAAUCUCUCGAAAAGAGAAGAUAAGAAAUUCUGUACUGUUCUGUAAUUUAAAACUGUUCACAUGUGCUUUAUUUCGUUUUAUUUUUCAUAAAUAAAAAGUAAAUUAUUAAUUUCCACGUUAAAUAUAUAUAGAUAAAUAAUUGAAGAUGUUUUGUGUCAGAGGUGCUUUCGGAUUACAAGGUGUUCUUCCUCGACUAUUUACAAAUUUUAGGGUAACUCAAUUGCAAACAUGUAACUUUAGCUUGAGUCAAGAUUCUCAAGAAGCAACACCUAAAGAGGCUCCUUUAGAUAAGCUGUAUAAGAGAAUAGAGGUGGAGGUACGUGGUAACGAUCCUGCUGUUUUAAAAAGUUAUGGACAAUUUUCAGUCACAGCCGCUAGUCACUUGGGUAUCACAGUAGGGAGAAACGUUACUCUCCCAAAACCGACUCAUGAACGUAUAACGGUAUUAAAAUCUAUACACAUUUACAAAAAGCAUCGUGUGCAGUAUGAAACAAGAACUUACUUCCGAUACAUGGAUUUCCUGAGACUAACUGGAUCUACCGCUGAUACGUUCUUGGAGUAUAUACAAAGAAAUCUCCCUGAAGGUGUAGCGAUGAAGGUUACAAAGGUCGAAUUACACAGGCUGCCAGAAUCCAUCAGAAGUUCUCCUAGCGAAUUAUAGGAAUAGUAUAAUUAUUUUAUUAUUAUAUUAUAAGUACUUUCACAUUAUUACGCUUGUAAUAUAAAUAUAGACAAGAGUAUUGAUU